AAUGCACUUUUGCAUUAUUGGUUUGGCAACAACCACUCAAAACAGAGAAUAUCCUUAAAACUGGCACAUUCUGCAUCUCUCUCUGUUCUUUCAGCCCAGUGACCCUGAAAUUUUUUCUCACAGGACUUCAGGUUCACUCUCUGCAUACUAGAUAAAGAGAGAGUAAAAACCAGGAGAGAAACUGGCCAUGGGUUGGAGAUGUAGCUGUGUGGCCUUAGUUGCUGUAGUAUUGGUUCUGCCAUUCCUAGCUUAUUCUGGUUCUGUUAUCAAGAACCUUCCUGGUUAUGAUGGUGAUCUUCCAUUCAAGCUUGAAACUGGAUAUAUAGGAGUUGGAGAAGAAGAAGAGGUGCAUUUGUUUUACUAUUUUGUGGAGUCUCAAAGAAAUCCCUUCAUUGAUCCAAUUUUACUUUGGUUCGUUGGAGGUCCAGGAUGCUCUGGCCUUUCUGCAUUCUUUUUCGAAAAUGGGCCUCUAACAAUGGAUCGCAACUACACUGGGGACCUUCCAAAUCUUAAAUUGAACCCGUAUUCGUGGAAUCAUAUGUUGAAUAUGAUAUACAUAGAUAUCCCAGUGGGCACUGGAUUUUCCUACUCAGACACACAAGAAGGCUACUAUAGCAGUGACAUACUGUGGGUGGAGCAUACAUAUACAUUUUUACAAAAGUGGUUUAUUGAUCAUCCAAAGUUUAGUUCAAAUCCAUUUUACAUCGGUGGUGGCUCAUAUGCAGGACUAACUACUGGUCCUCUAGUUCAAAAAGUAUAUGAAGUGCUUCCUCGAAGUGAAGGUUACAUAGCUAGAAGCGCGCCACGCAUCAACAUCAAAGGGUAUGUGAUUGCAAGCCCAGCUGUUGAUACGGUUCAAUUAGUAAACACGAGAGUUCUAUAUGCAUACCAUAUGAGUCUUAUACCAAAAGAACUCUAUCAGUCGAUGAAAGAAAAUUGUAAUGGUGAUUAUGUAAAUAUUGAUCCUGAAAACACAAAGUGUGUCUCAGAUUAUGAAGCUUAUUCCGAGUUAGUUCGUUAUAUAAACCUGCAACAGAUCUUGGAACCUCUCUGUCCUACUACGCCUGGUGUGAACCAAGUAAUUCGACAACCAGUUCAAGAUCAUCCAGAAUUUUUUUGUAGAAGUUAUGAUCACAUCCUCAUUGACAUUUGGGCAAAUGAUGAAAAAGUGUGGAAGGCCCUUCAAGUAAAGGAGGGGAUUAAGGAGGAGUUCUUGAGAUGCAACAAGACUUUGGCAUACACUACAACUCUGAGUAACGUCGUAGAAUCUUAUCGGAAUCUCACUAAAGCUAACCUCCAAGCUCUCGUUUACUGUUCUGAUCUUGACAUGUCCGUACCACAACUGGGUACUCAACAUUGGAUCAAGUCAUUGAACAUGAGCAUAAGUGACAAAUGGCGUGCAUGGUUUGUGGAGGGUCAAGUAGCCGGAUUCACAGAAGUCUACAAAAUGAAAGAAGACCACUACUUUACAUAUGUGGCAGUGAAGGGUGCUGGACAUGUGGCCCAGACAUUUAAGCCCAAGGAAGUUUAUCAUGUGAUUAAAAGUUGGUUUUCGUUUUCUCUUAUAUAAGAUUAUGCUUCGGUUGUUGAAUAAAAAAGAUUAUGCUCCGAUUAGAUGGAAUAAUUUAUUGUAUUCUUCUGUGAACAAAACAUUCAAGUUCAUUUCUGCCACAA